AUGUCGGAUGUGUCGAACUCGGUCUCAGCUUGGGAGACCCUGCCGGAAGGCGAACCUCCGCUGUGCUUCGAAGUUCGACGACGCCCAGAGUCAACUCCACGCCACUAUGAGGCGGUAAAUCGUUGUGGAGAUCCAGACAAUGUUCCAGCACCUCUAGGAACCUCUUUUCAUGACAAACGGAUGCCCAUCUUCCUGAUGGAAGAUGACAUGGCUCUUCCUGGACGGUCUUUUCUCGAUUGCAACAUGAAGACAGUUAAGGUGAGAUGGGUAGACGUCGCCGUUGAUGUGAGCAGGCAACCUCCAUUGGCAGUUUGUGGUUUUCGCAGCAUUUUGAGGUUGAACCUUGGAGACGCAACGAGGAUGAAUCCUGGUCUAUCAUGGAUAUGUAGCAAGGAGCGUGCAGUCUUGCAGUGUGCAGUUCUCAUCCUCCUAGCAAAGAAUUGCUCGGCUGGAACUGAUUCCGGUGAAUACACUGAUGAUAUAGGACGAGGGAAAUUUUUCCCAUUGGCUGCAGCUGCUUACUCUGCUACACCUCAAGACUGUAUCAGUAAUAAAUUCAGAAACGCAUCCUUAGUGGAUCGUUUCGUCGGUAUCUGUGAUCCUGAUCCAUACGAUUCGUGCGCUGGUUUCAUUGCUCUACUUCAUGAUGAUAAUGCGAUUGUUAUCAGUUUCAGAGGGACAAACAGAUUUGUGCAGUUGCUCGAGGAAACACGUCUAAGUGCCUUUCACAGAAAGAUGUCAUGGGUUGCUGGCGGAUAUGUAUCCGCUUACUUCCACGAAGCUUUCCUUGCCGUUUGGAAUGGAGGAAUUGGGGAAAGCCUUGCAAAAUUGCAGCAAAUUUAUCCGACAUAUCAAAUAUGGGUUACUGGACAUUCAUUGGGAGCAUCGAUGGCAUCGUUAGCGGCAUCGUACAUAGUCACUAGUGGAAGUAUAAACGGUGAUAGAGUGAGACUAAUAACAUAUGGUCAACCAAGGACAGGCGAUUUUACCUUUGCCACUGUUCAUAACAACCAAAUCCCUUAUUCGUUUCGUGUGGUACAUUGGCGCGAUAUUGUUCCACAUAUUCUCAUGAAGGAUUUCGAAGGUUAUUGGCAUCAUAAGAGCGAGGUAUUCUACCAAUACGGUAUGGGAAAAGGUUCAAAUUUUACCGUAUGUGAUGCUGAUGAGAGCUCCGAGUGCAGCGAUCGUUUCUACCUCGCUCUGUCAAUUUACGACCACCUGCACUACUUUGAUGUAGACGUGAGCCAGUAUGGAUCUAAUGGUUGCAUCGAGGCUGAAAUAACUCUUACACUGUCAACUUCUGGAACGACCAUUCACCCCUGA